AUGACCACAGAUACCUCCCUCGACGUCGCUCUCGACCGUCUGACCAUCGACGAUGCGAACAACGAACGUCAAAUUGAAGCUCGCCACAGCAAGACGGCACCCAGACCGUCUGAACCUGCGAAGCCUCUCAAGAGUAAGAGUCUACUCAUGUUUGAACACGACUCGCGGAUCGCGGCCAAAUUUCUAAAAGAGGAUGUCACAGAACGCCAUUACGUUCUCAAAGACGCCAAGAUCCCCAAAGCCUACGCCUGCGAUAGGUGCUCUGUUGCGUGCACGCCUAGGAAGUGCGGGAAGUGUCAAAGGGCUAUAUAUUGUAGCACCGAGUGCCAGAGAGCUUCUUGGCCCGAGCACAAGCAGAUCUGCAAGAGCCUGGUCCAAUCCAUCUCCCCGACCGACCGCAACUUUGAAAAGGCAGCGCUUAAGCUUGCUACGCGAAUGCUGGGCGAUCACGACUUCACUGAGCAACUAACAUCGAUCAUAGUCGCAGUCCUAUCUCUCCAUUACCAUCCAGAACGCGGCCGCACGCAUCAGGUCACAUUCGACUGGGACCUUGUACCGCUCCGCACUUCAGAAGAGUACCGCCAGAACCGCCCUGCAAAAGAACGCAUGAAUGGACAUGGGAAGCAGCGCUUCAUGCUCCAAUUAGUUCGCGUGGAGGCUGUAGCCUUCACCCAACAUCCGCCCUCGGUACGCAAGACGAUAGAGGCUUCUCGUGAGGGCCACAUCAACCAGAACCGCGCCCGGCUACGUAGUCGAGGCGAGCCGGAGGAUGCCAUGGACGGUUGCCACCACAUCCCGUUCUUCUUCCACUACAAUAAGAUAGACAAAGACCCCAGGUCUCCGAUCUUCUUCACGACAAUGAAUCCAGGCAUCGUGGCGUUGAAGUACGCGGCGGUUCUUAAGGAUAUGGUGAAGCUCUUCGGACUCUCCGGAAAAGAGCCGGAUGAAAACGAUCACCUUCGCUACGCGAUCCGGCUCCUCAACAGCGAGAUCAUAACCUCUCAAACAAGGCGCAACUUCCGCACAAGCAUCAGCUUGGAUGAAGCCGAGGACGAUAAUUGA